AUGGGCGUUCCCAAGUUCGCGGCGUGGUUGAGGAAGAAGUACCCAUCCAUGGUGAUGGCCCGCUGCCCUGGCGACGUGCACGGACUCUACAUUGACCUCAACGGGCUCAUUCAUCCCUGCUGCCACAACGAGCAUGACCCAUCCGUCGCCCUGCGUACGGAAGAGGGGAAGUUGCGCAGCAUCUGCCUCGCUAUUGAAACGCUCGUCGUGACGGUGCGUCCACAGCAUCUCCUCUAUAUCGCUAUCGACGGCGUCGCCCCACGUGCGAAGAUGAAUCAGCAGCGCCUGAGGCGGUACAUGAGCGCGGCGGUGCCGCUCGCCGACACAAACAAGACGUUCCAUGGCGACAGCCGCGGGAUCAGCGAGACCAUGGUGGCGGCGUUUGAGGAGUUCACGCAAGCAGAGUUCGAUGAGGUGGAGCGUGAGCUGGAGGAUGUGAGCCAGGCACUCAUGAAGGAUGUGCUGUAUGGCGGUGGUGCCACGACGGAUCUGGGGGAUGAGGCGACUGGGGAGGGGGAGGGAGCUGAUGGACUGCCCGUGGCGCCACCGACCGCUCUGCCAACCGUGGAAAGUGAGGGCGAGGGGGCCGCAUGCGGCUCUGCUGCCCAAGCCGGCAGGCAGCCGACAGCGUGCGCCCCACCCGCUAGAUUUGACAGCAACUGCAUUUCCCCUGGCACAGUGUUCAUGGAUGCCGUGGCGGCUGCCGUGCGGGACUACAUCCAUCGCAAGUUGGCGCCAAAGGCGAACGACGGCGGCGAUAGUGCGGAGGUCGAAGCUGGAUCGUCACCGUCGUCAUCGACCACCAUCAACGCCCCCUGUGCACACUGGGCCGGCCUCACCGUCGUCUUCUCGGACUCGAACACUGCCGGCGAGGGUGAGCACAAGCUCGUUGACUUUCUGCGCACCCAGUCGGCCUUCCCCGGAUUCAAUGGCAGCGGCUGUCAUGUCAUCGCCGGACUGGACGCCGACCUCAUCUUCCUCUCACUAUCUCUUCACAUCCCGCGCGUUGUCAUCCUGCGCGACAACAACCAGUCCAGCUAUGAGCAGGCGUUGCUGCUCGACACCGCUGGCGGUACGUUGAUGACCAAGAAAGUGUCCCUGAAGGCGAAAAAACCCCAGGCUCGAGAGGCGCUCGUGGCGAGCUCGUUGACGUCGUCGGGGACCAUGACGCUAGCGACGGAAUCGCCGCGGCACAUUGCUGACAUGGUGGUGAAGCCGUGCAUCAGCUACGAAUACUUCGACAUCGACGUUGUCGGGUCGUCUCUGGUGUCCGAGGUGUAUCAGCUAUGCUUGGAAAAUUGUAUACGGAUCCGCGGCGACCCGCUAACGUGCGCAGCCAACUGCGUGGCAGCCAACGGGUUCUGCUUCUACCGCUACAACCGCGCCGGCGGUGGAGAGGAUGGAGGUGGCGCCGACAUCGACGGCACCAACAGUGGUGCUGCGAAGGUGACAAGCCCAACCGCGAACAAGGGCGAUGGAAAGAGCGGCGAGAAGCCCACGGCGCGGCCCAGGGCCCCGCCGCCGCCGUUCCACCCGUGCACCUCGACUGGCAACUCAAAGAUUGUGGACGACUUCAUUGUGCUCGGGAUGCUGCUCGGCAACGACUUCCUACCGCACCUGCCCAGCGUCUACUGCGGGGAGAGUGCCAUGGACACGUUGAUGGAUGUGUAUACCCGCGCCGUGCUGCCAUACGGGUACCUGACCGGCGUGAAGUGCGAAAUCCAGCUGGCACAACUGGAGCGGCUCUUACGCGCGUACGCGGCGGUCGAGGCGGUGCGUUUUCGCCAGUUUGCCAUUCAGUCGGGGACAAUGACGCCACAAGAGGCCGCAACGCCGGAGCUGUGCUCGGCUGCUGAUCACCGCUGCUGGCGCGACGUGUACGUACGCACUACCUCGCUGCGCGAUGAGGCGGGGACGCAGGCAGCGUGCAGGUCGUAUGUGGAGGGGCUGCAGUUUGUAUGGCGCUACUACAGCUCCGUAUCGCUGCAGGUGAACUGGGCGUGGUACUACCCGUUCUACCACGCCCCGCUGGCCCUCGAUAUUGCUGAUUUCCUACGUGCGCAAGGGCCGCAGGUACAGACGACGCUGGCAGCACUUGAGCUAGAGGGGCAGCCACCGUCACCUUUCUGCCAGCUGCUCUGUAUUUUGCCUCCGCCAAGCCGUCAGCUCGUGCCCGAGGCUCUGCGUGCAGCGAUGACGUCUCCUCCGGCCGAGCUGGUGGAUACGUUCCCGCACCGCUGGGUGGUCGACAGAACUGGCGCCUACGGCAAGGAUCACCUGGCGGCGGUGCUCUUGCCAUUCGCCAACCUGCCGCCGUUGCAGGGGUUGGUGGCCGCUGCCAGUGGCAUAUACACGGCAGAGGAGAAGCAGCGGAACACACUACGUUUCACGCACUACGUCUUCGAAGGGCAGUCGGCACAGCUCGCCAGGGGACCAGCAGCUACAUCCACUGGCGCUGCACCAGCAACUGCGACGGCUGAAAACUUAACCAACCCCGCGGUGAGUCAGGAGGCUAGAGCCGCUCCUUUUUCCAAGCCGCGGCGGGCCUCCCCCGUCCGCACAGCACCGCCUGUCAGAGGGAGCGCCACUACGAUGAUGCGUGGCUUCCGCAUUCAGGGCAGCGGCCUGAGGGCGCUCUCCGCGGAGGAGGUGCCGACCAAUAUGCGGGACUGCACCACCAUUGCUUGUUUUUCUCUCGCUGAAAUCGUGCCGCCUCUGUCGCGACCGCGCACCUAUUCGUACGCCGUGCCCAUCCCGUGUCUGACAGCGCUCCCGUACGGCGGUCGUGUUGCAGCGCAGCGGCGCCCGCGCCACAGAAGGGGCGUUGAUCAGUCUUGCAAGAAUGAGAAUGCCUGCGUGACGGCGAACAACGCGGCUGGCGCCCAGGCCUCCACUCCCGCCGUGCUGUUUGGCGAGUUUGCCGUUUGCCUCGCUGCGAUGGGUGUACUGACGGCCGGGGCGACGGUCUGGCACUCCUUCUCCCUGCGACCCUUACUGCGGAGCGGACCAAUCCUACUUCAGCUGUGUUGCAUCUGCGCCACCGUUAUUUGGCUUGCCUUCGUGCUGGGCCUCGCCGUCACUCCCAAGGGCCGCAGCGCAGGAAGCGGGCAGCGCCGCCACCGCAUCUUUACGGCCUUCGUGGACUGGCAGUGUUCGGUGUGUCUCUCCCUGAACUUCUCGCGCAACCGGCGCUGCUUCAUGUGCUGUGCACCAUACGACCCGCACCGGUGCGUGGCGCUCUUCAGCAGCUGUCAUCCACCAGAGCCGCCCCUGAUGGACCCAGAUCACUCUGCCUACGCUGCGUGCUAUGGCAUCCCUGCGGUGUAG